GGGCUACGAACACAAUUUUGACCAGAGGAAAGAGGGCACGUGAGCAAGCGGGCUCGCCAUGGGCUGUGGAACUUCAGUCGCGGUUGAAAACCAAGGGAAGCCAGCUGAAACAGCCAUGAAGGCUGCCAUCCUGAUCCAGCGCUGGUACAGGCGCUACGUGGCCCGGCUGGAGAUGAGGCGGAGGUACACCUGGAACAUCUUCCAAUCCAUAGAGUACGCAGGAGAACAGGACCAGCUGCAGCUUUCCAGUUUUUUUAGUUUCAUGUUGGACAACUUCACACAGCUGAAUGGACAUGGCCCUGAUUUAAUAUCCCACCUGCUGGGCUCCGUGGUGCAGCCUUGGAGUGAGGAGAGCAGGCAGUUCAAGUAUGAGCAGGUGAUGGUGCCGGACUCGUACUCUGGGCCGCGCCUGUCCUUCCCCCUCACUGUAGCCGACACCAACCGCCUGCUUAGUGCCUUCAAGGAGCAAGAGACCUUGCAUGCGAAAUACGUCCUCCAAUUGCUGCACGAGACCAAGAAGUUUCUGAAGCGAAUACCAAAUGUUAUUUAUGUGUCCACCUCUUAUGCCAAGGAGAUCACCAUCUGUGGUGAUUUACAUGGAAGGCUUGAUGAUCUAUUGCUUAUAUUCUACAAGAAUGGUCUUCCAUCAGCAGAAAAUCCCUACAUUUUCAACGGUGACUUUGUGGACCGAGGCAAAAAAUCUGUGGAAGUUAUUAUAAUUCUGUUUGCGUUUUUGCUUUUGUAUCCUGACCAUAUGCAUCUGAACAGAGGGAACCAUGAGGACCACAUUAUGAAUCUGAGAUAUGGAUUCACUAAGGAAGUCAUGCAGAAAUACAAGACUCAUGGGAGAGACAUACUACAGCUCUUACAAGAUGUCUUCAGCCUGCUUCCCGUAGCCACGGUAAUCGAUAACAAAGUCCUCAUCGUUCAUGGCGGCAUUUCAGACAAGACCAACCUGGACUUCCUCAGCUCUAUAGAGAGGGACAAGGUGAAGUCAGCCCUCCGGCUGCCUAAGCGGAGCCUGGAGCAGGUGGGCCUGCGCGCUCCUUCCCGUGGCAGCAGUGGCCGAGGUUACCGAGGCGACCACACCAGCUCCCGAAACAAGAAGCGCUCCCACCACCACCACCUCCACAAGCAGGGCAGCUGCUCCUCCACCACCACCACCACCUCCUCCACGUCCUCGUCCUCCUCGUCCUCCCUCUGCUCCCCGCGCCUCUCCUCCGCCGCCUGCUCUCCUCGGAGCAACACACCGUGGCGGCGCGCCCCCUCGCCCUCGCCCUCGCCCUGCCUGCCCAGCCCCUGCGACGGCCUCCAGGUGCCCUUUCUGGACUCGUUUGGGAACGUGGCACCCCCCGAGCCCCCCAGGGAGGAGCUGGAGUGGAGGCAGAUUGUUGACAUCCUGUGGAGUGACCCCAAGAACCAGAAUGGCUGCACCCCCAACUCGUUCCGAGGCGGAGGCUGCUACUUCGGGCCAGACGUGACCCAGAGCCUUCUGGAGAAGCACGGGAUGACUCUGCUUAUCCGCUCCCAUGAGUGCAAACAGGAAGGGUAUGAACUCUGUCAUGAUGGGCAGGUGAUUACGAUCUUCUCUGCGUCUAACUACUAUGAGGAGGGCAGCAACAGGGGGGCCUAUGUGAAGCUGGGGCCGGAGCUGGUGCCUAGGUUCUUCCAAUACCAAGUCAGCCGCAGCACCCGCAAACUCACGCUGCAGCAGAGAGUGAGCGUAGCUGAGGGGUCUGCCCUGAAGGCCCUUCAGGAGAAGCUGUUUGCCCAUCGCUCCGAGCUCAUGGCGGCCUUUCAACAACACGACACCAAUAACACGGGAUGCCUGCCGGUGAGUGAGUGGGCCCAGGUGGUGGAGUCGGUGCUGAGGCUGGACCUGCCCUGGAGGACCCUGAGGCCGCGGCUGGCCAGGCUAGCGCCUGACGGCAGCGUGGAGUACAGGUCCUGCUUUGAGGACGUCAGCCCCGGACAGCCAGUACCUCAGGUUGCUCCAAACUUGGCUGAAACACUCUAUAGGUAUCGAACAGACCUGGAGAUCAUUUUCAACAUCAUAGAUAAAGAUCACUCGGGCCUCAUUUCCAUCGAGGAGUUCCGUCAGACGUGGAAGCUGUUCAGCUCCCACCUGGGCAUGACGGUGAGGGAGGACUCCAUCGAGGAGAUGGCGCGCAGCAUCGACUUCAACAAAGACGGCAGCAUAGACUUCAACGAGUUCCUGGAGGCCUUCCGCGUGGUGCACAAGCUGGACGUCAAGGAGCAGCAGCAGGGUUGAGAUGUGCACAGCAAAUU